AUGUUAAAUUACCUGCUGACGGUCAGACCAGCUGUGGUGAGGACCAGGAGAAGAGUUUGUUGGGAGCCCUGGGUUAUUGGUCUCAUCACCUUUAUAUCCUCGAUUGUCCUGGCAGUGUGCAUUGGACUAAUAGUUCAUUAUGUAAGAUACAAUCAAAGGAAGACCCACAAUUACUACAGCACACUGUCAUUCACAAGUGACAAAUUAUAUGGCGAGUUUGGAAAAGAAGGUUCUAAAAAUUUCACAGAAAUGAGCCAGAAAAUUGAAUCAAUGAGUAAUCUUAUAGGAUGUGUUAGAUCAGAAAUCAACAAUACAGAAACAGACCAUUACCUGAACAGCUGCUGUGGAACAAGAAGGAGUAAAUCUACCACUGAAAGUGUCAGGAUCGUUGGUGGGACAGAGGUAGAAGAGGGUGAAUGGCCAUGGCAAGCUAGCCUGCAAUGGGAUGGAAUCCAUCGCUGUGGAGCAACCUUAAUUAAUAGCACAUGGCUUGUGAGUGCUGCUCACUGCUUUAGAACGUAUAAAGAUCCAGGAAGAUGGACUGCUUCCUUUGGAGUAACAAUAAAGCCUCCAAAAAUGAAACGAAGCCUCAGGAGGAUAAUUGUUCAUGAAAAAUAUAAAUACCCAUCACAUGACUAUGAUAUUGCAGUUGCAGAACUUUCUAGCCCUGUUCCCUACACAAAUGCUGUACAUAGAAUUUGCCUUCCCGAUGCUUCCCACGAAUUCCACCCAGGCGAUCAUAUGUUUGUAACAGGAUUUGGAGCACUUCAAAAUGAUGGUAGCAGUCAAAAUCAUCUUCGGCAAGUAGAAGUGGACCUCAUAGACACUAAAACAUGCAAUGAACCUCAAGCUUACAAUGGUGCCAUUACUCCUAGAAUGUUAUGUGCUGGCUCCUUGAAAGGAAAAAGAGAUGCAUGUCAGGGUGACUCUGGAGGACCACUGGUCAGUCCAAAUGCUAGGGAUAUCUGGUACCUUGCUGGAAUAGUGAGCUGGGGAGAUGAAUGUGGGCUACCCAAUAAGCCCGGGGUUUAUACAAGAGUGACUGCCUUCCGAGACUGGAUUGCCUCCAAAACUGGUAUCUAA